AAAAAGUCGACCUAACAACCUACGAAUUACUAUAAUUCAGCCAGAUAUCAUCACAUCCCGGUGGACUCAUGUGGUCUGUUUCGAAGUGAGCUGCGCUCUGCACCGCUUCGUCGGAUCCCCCAGGCUUCGACUCCGUCCCGCCAAUCUGGUGCUCGUGGGAGAUCACAAGCAGCUUCCACCCACGUCCAUGGUCCAGCCACAGAUCUUGGAGGGCACGGGGCACACACGCUCGUUGCUGGAGCGGUGCGUCUUGGCCUCCGGAAGGGUGCACCAGCUACGAGAGCAGUACCGCAUGCAUCCUCGAAUCGCUGGCCUGGUGAGUGAGCGUUUCUAUGCCGGGCGUUUGUUGACCCCGGCCAGCGUCACCCAGGAGCGCCAAGCACAGGAGCACCGGCCCUUGCUGUGGAUGGACGUGCAAGGCCGCGAAGAGGCGCCGAACAAGUCUUACCUGAACCGUGCUGAGGUCAGCGCUUGUGUGCGCGUGGCGACGCGACUCCGAGAGCGGAUCGGGAUGGAGCCUUCGGUGGCAUUGCUGACCUUCUACAAAGGACAGUUGGAAGAGCUCAUGAAGGCCGUUCCCAACGACCUGGACGUUGAGGUGCUCACCGUGGAUGCCUGUCAGGGUAGCGAGUUCGACUUCGUGAUCUUGAGCACCGUACGAGCCAAUCGUGAACUUCGUUUGGGCUUCGUAAAGGAUGCCCAGCGGAUUUGUGUGGCCACAUCACGAUCCAGGCUGCAAUUGUUUGUGGUGGGCCAUCGGCAAACCUUAAGUGGCGACGGCGACUGGCGCAAGGUGGCCGAGGCUUGCACCACCCCAAAGCCUGAUGAGGUGCAGCCGCAAGGGGCGCUCCCGGAGCGUUUCGUCUCGGUCUUCGAUGCCUUGAGACGGGCGAAGGAGCAAGAGGCGGAGCAGAAAGCACUACAAGCCAUGGAGGAGCAAUCCAAAGGCUCGAAGGGGAGAGGUAAGAGCACCCAGCGCGAGCAGAGCGCCGUGUCCUACUAUGGUGCUGGGCCAAGCAGCGAGGGGGAUCGCCCUGUGGAUCCCUAUUUUAAUGGGGACGAAGCGGCCAAGCUCUGGGGACGAGACGCGGAUGGCGAAGGUGAUGAGUUUCCUGGCCCCAUUGGUUGGGAAUCCAUUGCAGGCUUGCCAGAGUCGACGAGUGAAGCGCCAGGCUCACGAGAGGAACUGCAAGUCUCACGCCGGGCAUCCUUUGAUGAGCUGAAAGCGUCCCGACAAGCUUCCUUCGACCACACGGGUUCGCGUUCUGUGAAGGGCUCUGCCAGCCCAGUGAGUGAGAAGGCUGAGAAGACGGGGCUCUUCGUGUGCUGGCUUUGCCGCAGGAAGUUCGACACGAGUGAGAAGUUCGAUUUGCACGUCUUGCACAGCAAGCUUCAUCAAGAGACCAUUCGACAACUGGCUGGACUCGCCUAA